ACCGUGUUUUUUUAGCUGAGCAGGAGGCAAUUUAGAAAAUUCAAUCAAGAAUGUAUAAGUUGAUGUGCUAAAGUGCAUUUGAUCAGUUUCGAUAAUUUCAUAAAUUCUUUAAGUAUUAGAAACACACAAUUUUAUUUUAAAUUAUUAUUCCGCUUUAUUAUAAACAUGUUUUCACCGUUCUCGAAAACGCCGGUUUCAGCUGUUAAAGGACAAAAACAUAUGAAAUCUAGCCCGUAUAUUUCACCUUUUUUACGGCGGUCUUUGAAUUCCAAUGUUUCUCGAAAUUCCUCAUUUGGACAAAGCUUUAUGAACUCUCAUCUUGAAGAUCCAUCAAAUCAUUUAUUUGAAUGCUAUGGAUCGACAUUACCUGUUCUGGUUACUGAAGCGAUAACUGUAGCAGAUAGAAUCUCUGACAUUUCUGUAAAAUUGGAACCUUUUGGUUAUGCUAGUCUGGUUUGCGGUCGCCAGUUAUUGAUUUGGAAAUACAAACAAGAUGGAGAAAAAAGUGUUGUCCACUGUAAAGAGUUGACUCUACCUCCAAGUGAUCUUGCCCAUAAAGCUGAACUCGUUCACCUAUUCCAAACAGAAGAGUCUCGGCUUCCAUCUGCUUUGGCAGUGUCUCCUGAAGGGCAUGUUCGCUACUGGCCCAAUAUCAAUCACGAAGGGUCCUCUGUGGAUGCACAACCUCAUUUGCAAGGACAGGAAUGCUGCUCACUGAGUUCAAUUUAUCCUUUGGGAUGUGUCUUAGCUACAACAAGUAGUUCAUUAAUUAUAAUUACUCCAACCAUAGGAGAUGGUCAGCCAAAUGUUAUUUGCCGUACACUCACUUUACCACAAGGAGUAUUGGCUGGGAUUGGUCGCAAAGUUUCAUCUUUCAUUUUUGGUGUCAUUCCAUCUCAAACUUCUGAAACAAAACAACUUAACAGAGUUCUGUCUACUCCAGCUGUUGAUGGUGAUUAUUUUCUUUACGUUUUGAGUAACAGCUGUGUGCAGAAAUGGCAUAUUGCAAAGGAUAGAAAGGAAAAUUAUGAUCAACUGCUGUUUGAAAUAGAUCUUGAUCGAGAAUUAAAACAAAGUUAUGUUGAAGAAUUAUUUAGUAAUGAUUCCAGUAUUAUAUCCAACUUGGCAACAUGGUGUUUAGAUAUGCAACUUUAUCAGUCUGGAGUAAUGAUUCUUACUGCUGGUACUGUACCUGUCAAUUCGGGAGGCAAUGUUCACUAUGCUUUUGGUUAUCUCGAUACAUCUUCAAGUGAGCAGGCCCAGAGCUUCUCAUCUUUCCAUUUGACAAAAUAUACUGAAAUUUAUCAGGAAGGAACAGAAGAAAAACUUUUGAAUUAUAAAUUACUGCUACCUUCUGCUGACAGUCCAUUUGCUUACAUGUAUAAUACCGAGAAAGUUAUUUGUAUUUCUAUUGAUUCACCUCAAUCUGAAUCUAGUGAAGUGGACUUUUCAGCUGCUGAAAAUGUUGUUUUGGGAUCAGGGUCAUGUGAUGGAAUGCCCUUGUUUUUCACAAGAGAUUUUGGAAUUAUCUCCUUCUUGCCUAACCAAAAACAGUUUGCCGAUUCAAAGCUGCUGGCAUCAGUGAAAGAUGUGUCUAUCAGAAAACCAGAUCCCAGUGAGCUUCCUGAUAGUCUCUCUGCCAAAUUAAGGUUUGCCAUGUGUUCUUACUGUUCCAGGAAACAACAAGAGCAGGAAAAAUGUGAAAAAUUAGUAAAUGAGAUAUUAGAUGCCAAAUCUCAAGAUGUUGAAACUCUGGAUGAUGCUGUCAUCAAUCUUAGUCUUCAAAUAAUUGAUGAUUAUCCUGCAUCUGAUCCCAGAUGGUGUGAAUCUCUUCCAACAGGCUCUUUUUCUUCAUCACUGUUGAUUUCGUAUCAGUUAGAUGAUAAACUCAAAGUGCAUGAAUGCCUUCUUGCUUUUCUGAAGACAUUUCAUUUAUUUGAAAAAUUGACUUCAGUAAAAUUGAAUGACUUCAGAAUCCAUACAAAUGUCUUGCUGUGUGAACAUGCUGAAAAGUUAGUUGCUGCCAAGACCAUUCGCUUGUUUCUGACUGAACAUGGUGAUAUUAUUGAAGCUGCAGUUCGUAACACUUUAGACAGCCGUGGUAUUGAAGUAAAAAAUCAUUUAACUCCUCAAGAUGUCUUCUUUCGAGAGGUUUCUACUUUUCAUACUAUUUUUCCAUCCUUGAUUGAAUGGGAAAAAGAGCAAUUAGAUGCUGAUGAAAGCUUGGAGAAGACCCUCAGCUGUACAAUGGCAAUGAAUAAAAUAUUUGUGGGACUUUUAGAAGCCAUCAAUGAAUAUCGACAAACUAGGGUGGAAUCCUACAAUUUAAAAGAAAUCCCUGGAAAUUACUUUCCUUGGACAGCACGGGAUGGACACUCAGGAAUCCGUCCGUAUAUUAGGGAUCAAUUGAAUGUAAAUGUGAAUUAUGCAAUGAAUUUGACUGAUAAUAUCCAAAUCCAAGGAGUCCUUUUCCAGCAGUAUGUAGAGAUUUUGGACUUUUUUCUAAAUAGCUAUCAGAUACAACUGCAUUCAGUCAAGAAUGAACGGCAAGUUACUCUUAGAAAAGAAUAUGAACAAGAGAGACAUUGGUUUAUAAAGCCUCUGUUGUCUGUUGAUCAAUAUGAAAGAGCAGCUGCUAUUGCUGAAAAGUAUAUGGAUUUUGACAUGUUGAUGCAAAUCUGUGAAGAAACAAAAGACAGUGAUAGAUUGCAAAGAUACAUGUUACAGUUUACUGAGCAACACUUCUCUGAAUUUGUGUUUAAAUGGUAUAUGAAUAAAGGUCAAAAAGGCAGAAUUUUUGACAAACAACUUGGCCAGCGUGAAACUUUAGGCAAUUUUCUUCAAGAGCAUGAAAGCUUGAAGUGGCUCUUCUUCAUUCAAGAGCAGAAGUAUGAUGCAGCACAUUCUACAUUGAAACAGCUUGCUCUAAAAGAAACACAAUAUCUAAGUCGUAAAAAAACUCUACUGAGCCUGAGCAAGCUCUGUGCUCUGAUCAGUGAUGCUCCGCCAAAUGUGAAAAGCAGUCAAAUUGAAGCGGUUAAUUUGGAACAUGAUCUCAUCACUCAUCAAGAAGCCUUGCCACUUACAGUAGUUGAGUCUUAUGGAAUUGAUCCCAGAAACAUGAGAGUAUUUUCUCCUGAAGAAUUAAUUGAGAUGUAUAUUUCUGAUGAAAAUUCUACUGCUAAUGCUUAUGACUUUAAAAUUGCAUUGGAUCUCUUAAACUUCAUGAAAAAGCCAUUGGAUGACCCCGAAAUAUACAAUUUAAGAAUGCAUAUAUGGACAAAGGCUGUUCUCAGAGACAGUUGGGAGACUCUUGAUAUCAGCAAUCCAUUAGAAGCAUUUAAGCAAACAAUUUUUUUCCAGAUAGUUGAAUUGGCAUUUGAUCAAGGAAUUGAAAUCCACGAUUUUUUGCCUCCCAUUGAAGAUCUACUUCAGACAUCCGAGCUCAGCGAUUUGGCCGACAACCCGAGUUUCAAGUUUUUACUACAGGCUGGAUAUGAGCAUAUCUUGAAGAUCAUCUCUUAAGAACUGAUUGCUAUUUGCAUAUACGAAGAACUCUUUGAAUUUAUAUGUAAAGAAAGUCUCUUUUACAUUUUGUAAUUUUUUUUCAACUGUUAUAAAGUAUUUUUUUAUUUAAAAAAACAA